AUACUUUUGCUUGCCUCACCAGUCGGCUCAUCAGGCAGACGCCACCCAUGGCGUCCUCAGAGUCAGAGAACCCCAACACCGAGGCGAGCAACGCGAAGGCCCUCAUUUUUUCCUACUCCAAUCGGACGUGGAGGGCCUUCCUUAGCCUUUUUCCUUCUCCUGAUUCGAGUUUUCUCGCAAAAAUCUCAAAAUAUUACCUACAAAGCCCCAGCGUCGGUUUUGGAAGGCGGCGAUCUGGUCUUCCUCUCCUGCUUCAUACCAGCACAAUCUACUCUUCUCCCGUUGCUGCUGAAGCAUCCAGAAUAUUCGUCAUAUUGGAAGAUAUAAGGGAGCAUACUUUGUCAAAUUUACACAGAAUACAUAAAAGUUUGGCUUUCUGGCAAGCUCGGGCUGUGGAAACAGACUAUCAAAAGGUGUGGUUCAUGGUUUUUAACAGAGGACCACGAGCCUUUAUGUAUGAAUCUUUUCAGAUAAUAAGAAGGCUUGCCACAGAUGGACAUCCAUUUCAGUCUAUCGCUUACUCUGCCGCUGAUAUAAUUUCUCUUAAAAUCACUAUUUUAACAACGCUACAACGGUGCUUGGCUACAUUCCUCGCGCAGGUUUAUUUAGAGGUCAACAAAUUCAGUGAAUUGUUAACUGCGGAUCAAGAAAAGUCAUUACUGUCAUUAUUGGUGGACAUUGAUAACCUUUUCUGCAAGUUGGAAGUAUCCAUAAGUCAUCCAUGUGAAAUAUACAAUGAGAACAACGAUUCACUUUCCAUGGAAAGUGGCAACUCUUGUGAACUUCAUUUUGAGAAACUUCCAAACAUGGAAGAUGAACAAACACAAUGGACCGAUACUGAAAUAAGGGAUUCCACAAGUUUGAUUCGUCGAAAUCUUCAGCGACUAGACUCCUAUCUAUCAUUCAUGCUUUCUAGCUGUCAAAAACCAAACAGAAUAACCCUAUACUGGCUUCGCUACACCUGUGGAGCUGUAGGCCUUUCUGCAUGUUCAUUUUGGGUUUUACGCCACAGCAGCUUAAUGGGAAGUUCUGAUAUUGACAACUGGAUUCGGACUGCAAAAGAAUCAACUACUACAUUUUGGGAAGAGCAUGUUGAACAACCGCUUAUAUCUAUUAGGGAUGAGCUAUUUGAGACUUUCCGGAAGAGACACAAGGGAGUUAUGGAAAUGGAAGAAGUGCAAUUAACUGCCAAUUCUCUUCACAGGAUGCUGCUAGCUUUCAGUGAGCAAACGAAAGGUCAGAAGAUUCCAGAAAAUCUAACGGAUCAAGAAAUGAUGGAAAUAGUGAUGUCCAGAUAUGAAAAGGAGGUUAUGCAUCCACUUCAAAAUCUCAUCGGGGGAGAGCUUGCCCGAGCGAUGCUUAUUCAGAUUCAAAAGCUUAAAUUGGAUCUUGAGACAGCAAUGCUUGAAUUGGAUCAAAUUCUCAAAGCAAAUGAGAUCAAUUUUGCUGUUCUUGCUGCACUCCCAGCUUUCAUUAUAUCACUUCUUCUGCUCUACCUAAUAAGGACAUGGGUGCUGCAGGACAAAGGAGCAGAAGGUCGAGGUAAAAUUGCUCGAAUUAAGAGGCGGCUUCUUUUAGUCGAAGUUGAAGAAUGGAUAAUGCAAUUCCAAACCAGCAUGGAGCAAGGAAUGGAGGAAGAAGCUGGAUGGAUAUUUGGAAUGAUGCUUUAUAGCCUUGAUCUACUUUGCAAAGCUGUGGAAAAGAAUGCAAAAGAAACUCGUGAGUGGCCAAGGCUCAGGCUGGAUAUUGUUAAGCUGACGAAGACGGAAAUGAAGAUUGAUCACAAACUUGCUGUUAUUUCACGCAUGGGGAGGAUGUAUGAUUGUCUUCUUCCAUACACAAGACAGCGUUAAUUGGUACUUUCAUAUUUUGUCCUAGUUUUCUAAAGACAAUGAUGUUAUGAAAUAAUCCUUCUGUUUUUGUAGUCCGCCCCCUCUGAAAUUUAAAAUUAUUAUCAUCUUCGUCUGCUAUUUUAACUGCUCCUUAAUCUUCAUGUGAAGGCAUUGCUGGACAGAUUUUGAGGAUUAUUAUUAGCUUUUUUGGUUGGCUUCUUACUCUGAAUUUAUUUCAAAAGUGCAGAUCACGUCUCGUUGCUU